UUGUCUUCUUUCAAAGUAAAACGGGCUAAUAAGAUUCAAGAGGCUGGAGGUGGAGCUGUGUACUAAGAAGAGCAAACAGAAUUACACGCACGGCAGCCACGAGAGCUCGUACAGAAGCCUCGGCGACAGACACAGAAUGGGUUUCCACCGCACACCUCUCCCGGUCAGGUAGGAAGAGCUCUCUGGCUCUGCAGCAGGACACGUUAUGGGGGCAGCCGGGCUGCCUCCCUGAAAUGGGAAGGCUGGCGUUGUUGUGAAUUUGGAAAGGGAGGCUGGGAAUUGCCAUCCCAAAUAUUUUUUUUUUUUCCUUCCUGGUCAAGUUGCACCAGGAAGAUCUUGCAUACCAUAGCAGGUAGAUCACAGCAGCAGGUAAACAUGGAGGAGCACAAGGUGGACAAGGAGAAGACCUCCAAGGAGAAGAGCCAAGGGUCCCGGAAGCUCUUCAGGAGCAGGUCCCUGAGAUCCGUGGGGAACUUUAUGCAAAGGAUACUGCGGACUUUAAGCAGUUUGUCCCACCUGGGAGAUGGCGACAGGUGCACCUUGGAUUUAGAAGAUGAUGAAGGGGGGUUUAAGCCGAAACUCCACCAUGGAGAGAAGAAAGGGUCCUCGCAGGAGGAUUUAAGACUCAUUCAUGGAGGUGACAGCAACAAUAACUUGGGUAAAACUCCGGUGCCAGCCAGGUGCCAGGACAGGCUGUCUUGGAGCUCAGAUGACAAGGUUCCUGGGGUCCAAGGCAUGAAGAACCAUGGAAACACCUGCUUCAUGAACGCCGUGGUGCAGUGUUUGAGUAACACGGACCUGUUGGCCGAAUUCUUGGGAAUGGGCCAGUACCGAGCGGAGCUAGAGAAAAUAAAAACCAAUGGCGAGGCGACAAGGCGAUCAGCGGACGAACCGCCUUCAGCGGCCAGGGGGGAAGUCACUGAGACCCUGGCCGUUCUGGUCAGGGGUCUCUGGACCUUGGAAUACACCCCGCACCUGUCCGUGGAGUUCAAGAACGUCGUCUCCAAGCACGGCUCGCAGUUCCGGGGGAAUUCGCAGCAGGACGCCCUGGAGUUCCUGCUCUGGUUGUUGGAUCGAGUCCACGAAGAUCUCAACUCUCCCAGCGGCCACAAAGCAAAACCGGCGGCCAAGCCUCCGCCUGGGGCUGAGCACACUCUGAUGAUCCCGUCAGCCUCGUCGCCGGCGGACGGAGGCCGGAGCUUUGUGCAGGAGCAUUUCCAGGCACAGUACAGGUCCUCGCUCACCUGCCCCCACUGCCACAAGCAGAGCGACACCUUCGACCCCUUCCUGUGCGUGUCGUUACCUAUCCCCCUGCGCCAGACCAGAGCCCUGAACGUGAUUCUCGUCUUCCAAACCAAGCAGCAGCGCUUUCUGCGAAUCGGUCUGGCCGUCCCGCUGCUGGGGACCGUGGCAUCGCUGAGGCAGAUGGUGGCAGACGAGGGCAGCAUCCCUCCAGAUCAGGUGAUUCUAGCUGAGUUGUACGCCAGUGGCUUCCAACGCUCUUUCUAUGAUGAUGAAGACUUGAAUGUAAUUGCAGAAGGUGAUCCGGUCUAUGCCUUCCAGGUCCCGUUGCCCUUACCCAAGACAGGAGGCAGCUCACGUCCCGCCGGGUACCCUCAAAACCUUCCGCCCUCUCCACGCCGCCUGGACCCAGAAGCACGGAGGCUAACAGGAGGAGGCUCCACGUCUUCCGAGUUCCUGGCUCAUGGCUCAAAAAUCCUGCUCCUUUUGUGUAACGUAGAGUCGGCGAGUCACCAGACUGAGAGUAGGUUUGGGCCACCCUUGCUGAUGAGAGAGGACAGGACAAUCUCAUGGGAUCAGUUGCAGCAAAGCAUCAUGAGAAAGAUCCAUUACCUGAUGAAGACUGACUCACAGCCUCCCAAUGGAUCAGCGCUCUUCCGUCUUCGCGUAGCGGGAGAUCCCACAAACGGCAGCUACCUCUCGCCGAAGGAUAUGCGGCCUCUCCAGCUGCCGGCAGUGGACAGGGCUCUUCAACUCAAUGGUGCAGGAGGACCACCCCAUGUUAAACUGGUCAUUGAAUGGGACCCGAGGACCAAGGAGCGGUUGUUUGGAAGUAUACAGGAGGAAGUGGUCCAGGACGCAGAGUCCGUGAGGGCCCAACAGCUCGAGCACCAGCAGCAGAGUUGUACGCUGGAUGAGUGCUUUCAGCUCUACACCAAGGAGGAGCAGUUGGCGCCUGAUGAUGCCUGGAGGUGCCCGCAUUGUAAGGUGUUGCAGCAGGGGACAGUGAAACUCAGCCUGUGGACCCUGCCGGACAUCCUGAUCAUCCACCUCAAGAGGUUCCGCCAGGUCGGAGGCCGGAGGAACAAACUGUCCACGUUGGUCAGGUUCCCACUCACUGGCAUGGAUAUGGGACCCCAUGUUGUCAAAAGAGGCCAAGGGCAGAAGGGCACGUUGGGACCAUGGUCCUCUCGAAAGCCGUCACUGAGCCAGCUGGGAGUCCUGUAUGACCUGUACGCCGUGUGCAAUCACCAUGGCAGUCUGCAGGGAGGGCACUAUACAGCAUACUGCAGGAACUCGCUGGACACUCGCUGGUACAGUUACGACGACAGUAAUGUGGAGCAACUCCAGGAGGACGAGGUGUGUACCAGAGGAGCUUACAUCCUAUUCUACCAAAAAAGAAACACAAUCCCCGCCUGGUCUGCGAGCAGCUCGGUCCGAGGCUCCACCAGCUCCUCUAUGUCAGACCACUGGGUCCUGAGACUGAACGGAAGUAAGAGAGAAAGCUUGGUCUCCCGCGCCACCAACUGCAUCGCUCUGCCGCAAAUUCCGGAUUCCCCUGUCUUCGUCGAUAAAGAGGCGCACCCAGAAAAAGGAGCCCCUGGUUCAAAGCCAUUUGCGCGUGGUGUAAAAGGACGCAGUGCAAGUAUGAAGGUGUCGUCUGCCACAAAACUCAAGUUGAGUAUCAGUAAAGCGAUGCCUUUACGUUGGUCGUUUGGAUCGAAGGACAAGGCAAAGCGUGAGACGGGAGAACUAGUAGAGUAUUUGGAAUCGGGAAGACGACCUAAGUAUACCAACGAAUCCAUUGUCCCACGGAUGGCUAACACUAGCAAAGGCGACAAGGGAGCUGGAGGACCUCAGACCAAGCCAAGUCAUUCCAAAGUCCAAGGUGCUAGUGCCUCAGUGAAUUCUGUAGGAAGUCACCCUGGGCCACUAACAUCUUCAUCAAAAGUGGACAACAUCAGAGGUAGGCAGAAAGAGAAGGUUAACCAACAGGUAAAUGUGUUGAGUACGAUGCACCCGGCAAGAAAAGAUGGGUCAGUGCAAUCAAAAACUAGAGACAAAAAGUCAACUGGAGAUCUUCCAUCUGGAGCAAACCUGUCAACGGCUGAUAAUGUUCAACACAACAAACCGCCAUCAGGGAAAAGGGAAGAAAAUAACCAAAAAUCUGUUCCCAAAGAUGUAGACAAUACUCGGGCAAAAACAUCUGGGUCAGAGGGACAGCAAGAAGGAAAGUCGAUGAAAUCGCAGUCAAGCUUUGUGAAGAAGGACUCCAGGAAACUCAAUGGACCUGAAAACCCCCAAAUUUCAGAGCUUCCUAGUGGUUUGUCCAGGACUUCUUUACCCAAAAGGAUUCAGGAUGAUGGGAGGACUAAUGGUAUCCUGUCACAUCAUCACAAAGAGGACCAUGUCACAGGCAAGUCCAAAACGGAUAUCAGACGAGCGCAGAGCUCCUCCAAUGUCCAGAGUAAGGCAGACUGGACUCUGAAGAGGUCGAUUUCUCUGUAUAAAAACGGCACUGUUUCCUCGCAGUCUUCCAGACAGGGCGCCCCAGAGAAGGUUUCGUCCAGCCCGGUGCAAAGGAUGACAUACCAAACAUCUUCUUUGGGCAGGAAAAAAACAGUGCCUGAGUCCAGCUUCUAGAGCAUGUCAACAAAGAGGGACCAAAGCUCUCCAUGACCUGAUGGUUUCGUUCCAUGCGCUUGUCUGGAGUUUAAAUCUCCAAAAAAAAUAUAAUUAACCGGGUUCUAGAUUUGCUCCACUAGAACCCCUUGAGAUACCCACAAGACGUUCUCCUACAUGAAGAACAGAGGGUUUUUGCUGGUUCUCGCUUUAAAUAAACACAUGUAUACAGAUGUACUCUUUUGAUACAAAGAACUAAGGGAUGAUUCUAGAUCGUCUGCUUUAUCCCCAGGCCGUAGCUGGCUUCUUUAGAAGUCUAGCGAU